AUGAAACUUAUUCUCUCUCUCUCUUUCUCUCUCUCUCUUUCUCUCUCUCUCUUUCUCUCUCUCUCUUUCUCUCUCUCUUUCUUUCUUGGCUGUGAACAUGCCAUCACUUAUCGAAAUAAAAAAUUUCGUUCGUUUUUCUUUUCUUUUCUUUUUUCUUUCUUUUCUCGUUUUCUUUCUUUUCCUCGUUUUUCUUUCUUUUCCUCGUUUUUCUUUCUUUUCCUCGUUUUUCUUUCUUUUCCUCGUUUUUCUUUCUUUUCCUCGUUUUUCUUUCUUUUCCUCGUUUUUCUUUCUUUUCCUCGUUUCUUUCUUUUCCUCGUUUCUUUCUUUUCCUCGUUUCUUUCUUUUCCUCGUUUCUUUCUUUUCCUCGUUUCUUUCUUUUCCUCGUUUCUUUCUUUUCCUCGUUUCUUUCUUUUCCUCGUUUCUUUCUUUUCCUCUUUCUUUUUUUUUUCGUUUUCUUUCUUUUCCUCGUUUCUUUCUUUUCCUCCAUCAUUUCUUUCUUUUCCUCGUUUCUUUCUUUCCUCGUUUCUUUCUUUUCCUCGUUUCUUUCUUUUCCUCAACAAGAUUUUCCUCGUUUCUUUCUUUUUGACAAUUUUACAGACCUUUUCUUUUCCUCGUUUCUUUUCUUUUCCUCGUUUCUUUCUUUUCCUCAUUUCUUUCUUUUUCCUCAUUUCUUUCUUUUCCUCAGAAAUUUCAUUUCCUUGUUUCUUUCUUUUUCUUUCUUUCUUUUCCUUUUUCCUCGUUUCUUUCUUUUCCUCAUUUCUUUCUUUUCCUCCUUUUCCUCGUUUCUUUCUUUUCCUCGUUUCUUUUUUUUUUCCUCGUUUCUUUCUUUUCCUCAUUUCUUUCUUUUCCUCGUUUCUUUCUUUUCCUCGUUUCUUUCUUUUCCUCGUUUCUUUCUUUUCCUCGUUUCUUUUUUUUUUCUCAUUUCUUUCUUUUCCUCAUUUCUUUCUUUCCUCGUUUCUUUCUUUUCCUCGUUUUCUUUUCUUUUCCUCGUUUCUUUUUUUCCUCGUUUCUUUCUUUUCCUCCAAAAUUUCUUUUUUUGUUUGUUUUUCCUCUUUUUCUUUCUUUUCCUCGUUUCUUUCUUUUCCUCGUUUCUUUCUUUUCCUCGUUUCUUUCUUUUCCUCGUUUCUUUCUUUUCCCUUGGCUGCCACCUCCUCUUCUUCCUCCAACUUCCUUAGAAACAACCUGUUACUACUCUCUUUGGUGUGUCACUUGAUCCGGCUCUCUCUCUCCGUCACACCCGCACGGCUCACAUCUGGUAGCCAGAGGGUUUGGUCGACAUCUGUUUACAGCACUUAUUGUGACCGUCCCACGGCGUUGGAUCGGCCUUCCGGGAACCAGACCACGAAGGUCCCUCGUCCCGGAACCAAUUCUUCGUCGACAGCGACGAGGCUGGUAGCUAGAAGCCGGUCUCUGAAUCGACUCCACCCACAGAAGCCACGUGGGUUUUCGCCAGGUGUCUCUCCGCCAAGUCGAACCAAUCCGGACGCGGACGCACAAUUGAAUCUUUGCACUCCAACAUUUCCUUUCAAAUACAUUUUUGGUAUUUACAGUGUCAUCGCUCGUGUUCUUUUUUUUUAUUCCUUUUUCCACGAGAACACAAUAAAAGUAAUUGUUUCCAUUAGCAUCUUUAACUAUCAAUAUGACCUUGGACGAUUUUCUUCCCUUCAAUAUGCACUCUCAAUCGUUUUCGUCACUCUCUGUCACUUUAAUUCAUGGCUCAUUCAUCAGAGCCAGACAAUCCACUUCACUCCUUUCCUCUCUCAGAUUACUUUGUUUCUAUCAGCAGAUUUUUCUCUCCCUCCCUUACGAUCUCUUUUUUUUCUUCUCCACUUUACGAAUUUCUCUUUUUUCUUUCUCUCGCUUACGCUCCUAAUUUUUCACUCUUAUUUUCUCUCUCUCUCGCUAUUCAUUUUCUCUUUUCUUUUUCCUUCUUUAUUUUUCUGCUCGCCGUCUCUAUUUUACGCUUCUUUUUUAUUUUCUCUCUCUCGCUCUUUUUCUCUCUUUAUAUUUCUCUCUUUUCCUUUUCCUAAUCUCUGUCUUCUGCUCGUUUUAUCUCUGUCUUCUGCUCGUUUUUAUCUCUGUCUUCUGCUCGUUUUAUCUCUUUCUAUCUCUGUCUUCUGUCUUCUGCUCGUUUUAUCUCUGUCUUCUGCUCGUUUUAUCUCUGUCUUCUGCUCGUUUUAUCUCUGUCUUCUGCUCGUUUUAUCUCUGUCUUCUGCUCGUUUUAUCUCUGUCUUCUGCUCGUUUUUUAUCUCUGUCUUCUGCUCGUUUUAUCUCUCUUCUGCUCUUCUGUCUUCUGCUCGUUUUAUCUGUCUUCUGCUCGUUUUAUCUCUGUCUUCUGCUCGUUUUAUCUCUGUCUUCUGCUCGUUUUAUCUCUGUCUUCUGCUCGUUUUAUCUCUGUCUUCUGCUCAUUUUAUCUCUGUCUUCUGUUUUUAUCUCUGUCUUCUGCUCGUUUUAUCUCUGUCUUCUGCUCGUUUUAUCUCUGUCUUCUGCUCGUUUUAUCUCUGUCUUCUGCUCGUUUUAUUUUAUCUCUGUCUUCUGCUCGUUUUAUCUCUGUCUUCUGCUCGUUUUAUCUCUGUCUUCUGCUCUCUGUCUUCUGCUUUUUCUCUCUUCUGUCUUUUAUCUCUGUCUUCUGCUCGUUUAUCUCUGUCUUCUGCUCGUUUUAUCUCUGUCUUCUGCUCGUUUUCUAUCUCUUCUACUCUUUUAUCUCUGUCUUCUCGUUUUCUUCUCUCGUUUUAUCUCUGUCUUCUGCUCUGUUUUCGUUUUAUCUCUGUCUUCUGCUCGUUUUAUCUCUGUCUUCUGCUCUGUCUUCUGCUUUUUAUCUCUGUCUUCUGCUCGUUUUAUCUCUGUCUUCUGCUCGUUUUUAUCUCUGUCUUCUGCUCGUUUUAUCUCUGUCUUCUCUCGUUUUAUCUCUGUCUUCUGCUCGUUUUAUCUCUGUCUUCUGCUCGUUUUAUCUCUGUCUUCUGCUCGUUUUAUCUCUGUCUUCUGCUCGUUUUGCUCGUUUUAUCUCUGUCUUCUGCUCGUUUUAUCUCUGUCUUCUGCUCGUUUUAUCUCUGUCUUCUGCUCUCUGUCUUCUGCUCGUUUUAUCUCUGUCUUCUGCUCGUUUUAUCUCUGUCUUCUGCUCGUUUUAUCUCUGUCUUCUGCUCUCUGUUUCUGCUUCUUUUAUCUCUGUCUUCUGCUCGUUUUAUCUCUGUCUUCUGCUCGUUUUAUCUCUGUCUUCUGCUCUUUUUUUAUCUCUGUCUUCUGCUCGUUUUAUCUCUGUCUUCUGCUCGUUUUAUCUCUGUCUUCUGCUCGUUUUAUCUCUGUCUUCUGCUCGUUUUAUCUCUGUCUUCUGCUCGUUUUAUCUCUGUCUUCUGCUCGUUUUAUCUCUGUCUUCUGCUCGUUUUAUCUCUGUCUUCUGCUCGUUUUAUCUCUGUCUUCUGCUCGUUUUAUCUCUGUCUUCUGCUCGUUUUAUCUCUGUCUCUCUUUUAG